AUGAGGAGGUCAGAGUGUGUGGAGGAGGAGGAGGAGGUCAGAGUGUGUGGAGGAGGAGGAGGAGGUCAGAGUGUGAGGAGGAGGAGGAGGAGGUCAGAGUGUGAGGAGGAGGAGGAGGAGGUCAGAGUGUGUGGAGGAGGAGGAGGAGGUCAGAGUGUGUGGAGGAGGAGGAGGAGGUCAGAGUGUGUGGAGGAGGAGGAGGAGAGUGUGAGGAGGAGGAGGAGGUCAGAGUGUGAGGAGGAGGAGGAGGUCAGAGUGUGUGGAGGAGGAGGAGGUCAGAGUGUGUGGAGGAGGAGGAGGUCAGAGUGUGUGGAGGAGGAGGAGGUCAGAGUGUGUGGAGGAGGAGGAGGUCAGAGUGUGUGGAGGAGGAGGAGGUCAGAGUGUGUGGAGGAGGAGGAGGAGGUCAGAGUGUGUGGAGGAGGAGGAGGAGGUCAGAGUGUGUGGAGGAGGAGGAGGUCAGAGUGUGAGGAGGAGGAGGAGGAGGUCAGAGUGUGUGGAGGAGGAGGAGGUCAGAGUGUGUGGAGGAGGAGGAGGUCAGAGUGUGUGGAGGAGGAGGAGGUCAGAGUGUGUGGAGGAGGAGGAGGUCAGAGUGUGUGGAGGAGGAGGAGGUCAGAGUGUGUGGAGGAGGAGGAGGUCAGAGUGUGUGGAGGAGGAGGAGGUCAGAGUGUGUGGAGGAGGAGGAGGAGGUCAGAGUGUGUGGAGGAGGAGGUCAGAGUGUGUGGAGGAGGAGGAGGAGGUCAGAGUGUGUGGAGGAGGAGGAGGAGGUCAGAGUGUGUGGAGGAGGAGGAGGAGGUCAGAGUGUGUGGAGGAGGAGGAGGUCAGAGUGUGAGGAGGAGGAGGUCAGAGUGUGUGGAGGUGGAGGUCAGAGUGUGGAGGAGGAGGAGGGGGUCAGAGUGUGUGGAGGAGGAGGAGGAGAGUGUGUGGAGGAGGAGGAGGUCAGAGUGUGAGGAGAAGGAGGAGGACAGAGUGUGUGGAGGAGGAGGAGGUCAGAGUGUGAGGAGGAGGUGGAGGUCAGAGUGUGAGGAGGAGGUGGAGGACAGAGUGUGUGGAGGAGGAGCAGGACAGAGUGUGAGGAGGAGGAGGAGGUCAGAGUGUGUGGAGGAGGAGGAGGUCAGAGUGUGUGGAGGAGGAGGAGGACAGAGUGUGAGGAGGAGGAGGAGGAGGAAAGAGUGUGAGGAGGAGGAGGAGGUCAGAGUGUGUGGAGGAGGAGGAGGUCAGAGUGUGAGGAGGAGGAGGAGGACAGAGUGUGAGGAGGAGGAGGAGGACAGAGUUGUGAGGAGGAGGAGGAGGACAGAGUGUGAGGAGGAGGAGGAGGAGGUCAAAGUGUGUGGAGGAGGAGGAGGAGGUCAGAGUGUGAGGAGGAGGAGGUCAGAGUGUGUGGAGGAGGAGGAGGAGGUCAGAGAGUGUGGAGGAGGAGGAGGAGGUCAGAGUGUGAGGAGGAGGAGGUGGAAGUCAGAGUGUGUGGAGGAGGAGGUGGAGGUCAGAGUGUGUGGAGGAGGAGGAGGUCAGAGUGUGAGGAGGAGGAGGUCAGAGUGUGUGGAGGAGGAGGAGGUCAGAGUGUGUGGAGGAGGAGGAGGAGGUCAGAGUGUGUGGAGGAGGUCAGAGUGUGAGGAGGAGGAGGAGGAGGUCAGAGUGUGUGGAGGUCAGAGUGUGAGGAGGAGGAGGUCAGAGUGUGAGGAGGAGGAGGAGGAGAGUGUGAGGAGGAGGAGGUCAGAGUGUGAGGAGGAGGAGGUCAGAGUGUGUGGAGGAGGAGGUGGAGGUCAGAGUGUGAGGAGGAGGAGGAGGAGGUCAGAGUGUGAGGAGGAGGAGGAGGUCAGAGUGUGUGGAGGAGGAGGAGGAGGUCAGAGUGUGAGGAGGAGGAGGUCAGAGUGUGAGGAGGAGGAGGAGGAGAGUGUGAGGAGGAGGAGGUCAGAGUGUGAGGAGGAGGAGGAGGUCAGAGUGUGUGGAGGAGGAGGAGGAGGUCAGAGUGUGAGGAGGAGGAGGUCAGAGUGUGUGGAGGAGGAGGUGGAGAGUGUGAGGAGGAGGAGGAGGUCAGAGUGUGAGGAGGAGGAGGUCAGAGUGUGUGGAGGAGGAGGAGGAGGUCAGAGUGUGAGGAGGAGGAGGUCAGAGUGUGUGGAGGAGGAGGAGGUCAGAGUGUGUGGAGGAGGAGGAGGAGGUCAGAGUGUGAGGAGGAGGAGGUCAGAGUGUGAGGAGGAGGAGGAGGAGGAGGAGGAGGUCAGAGUGUGUGGAGGAGGAGGUGGAGGUCAGAGUGUGUGGAGGAGGAGGAGGUCAGAGUGUGAGGAGGAGGAGGAGGAGGUCAGAGUGUGUGGAGGAGGAGGAGGAGGUCAGAGUGUGAGGAGGAGGAGGAGGUCAGAGUGUGAGGGAGGAGGAGGAGGAGGUCAGAGUGUGAGGAGGAGGAGGAGGUCAGAGUGUGAGGAGGAGGAGGAGGUCAGAGUGUGUGGAGGAGGAGGUGGAGGUCAGAGUGUGUGGAGGAGGAGGAGGUCAGAGUGUGAGGAGGAGGAGGAGGAGGAGGAGGAGGAGGUCAGAGUGUGUGGAGGAGGAGGAGGAGGUCAGAGUGUGAGGAGGAGGAGGAGGAGGUCAGAGUGUGAGGAGGAGGAGGAGGAGGUCAGAGUGUGUGGAGGAGGAGGAGGAGGUCAGAGUGUGAGGAGGAGGAGGAGGAGUUCAGAGUGUGAGGAGGAGGAAGAGGAGAGUGUGAGGAGGAGGAGGAGGAGGUCAGAGUGUGAGGAGGAGGAGGUCAGAGUGUGUGGAGGAGGAGGAGGAGGUCAGAGUGUGAGGAGGAGGAGGAGGAGGUCAGAGUGUGAGGAGGAGGAGGUCAGAGUGUGUGGAGGAGGAGGAGGAGGACAGAGUGUGAGGAGGAGGAGGAGGAGGUCAGAGUGUGAGGAGGAGGAGGAGGAGAGUGUGUGGAGGAGGGAGGUGGAGGUCAGAGUGUGUGGAGGAGGAGGAGGUCAGAGUGUGAGGAGGAGGAGGAGGAGGUCAGAGUGUGAGGAGGAGGAGGAGGAGGACAGAGUGUGUGGAGGAGGAGGAGGAGUUCAGAGUGUGAGGAGGAGGAGGAGGUCAGAGUGUGUGGAGGAGGAGGAGGAGGAGGAGGAGGAGGUCAGAGUGUGUGGAGGAGGAGGAGGUCAGAGUGUGAGGAGGAGGAGGAGGAGUUCAGAGUGUGAGGAGGAGGAGGAGGAGAGUGUGAGGAGGAGGAGGAGGAGGUCAGAGUGUGAGGAGGAGGAGGUCAGAGUGUGUGGAGGAGGAGGAGGAGGUCAGAGUGUGAGGAGGAGGAGGAGGAGGUCAGAGUGUGAGGAGGAGGAGAGUGUGAGGAGGAGGAGGAGGAGGUCAGAGUGUGAGGAGGAGGAGGUCAGAGUGUGUGGAGGAGGAGGUCAGAGUGUGAGGAGGAGGAGGAGGAGGUCAGAGUGUGAGGAGGAGGAGGAGGAGGUCAAAGAAGGAAAGAUGGAGGUGUUUGAAGAUACAGUAGCAUUAGCUGCAACAUCACAACAACAACAAAGUUUAGCUUUUGAUAUGAAUAAAAAGGAGAAUUAUGAUCCUUACCCGACCUCGUCUCCCACCAACGAGCUGCUCAUGUCUGGGUUAGAGGAGGUGCAGGAGGAGGAGGCGCAGGAGGAGGAGGAGGACAGCAGCCGCAGAAGGUCACUGAGCUCCGGGAAAGAAGUGUGCGCAGUGAAGGAGCUGCUGCUGCGGGCUUUAAAGGCACACGGCCCGGCGUGA